GCUUCUUUAUCUACUAAAACAUCUCAGCUAUGCACGAGGAAGAGUUAUAUACGUCUCUUCAGUGGGACAACCCGACAUCAGAUUCUUCUCAGAAAUGUUUUCCUUCCACCAAAAUUUCAGGAACCUGGUGUGCUGUGAUGCUGAUUUUCUGCAUGGGCUUAUUAGCAACGUCUAUUUUCUUGGGAAUCAAGGUGUUCCAGGCAUCUGCUACCAUAAUGAAGCAGGAAGAAAAACUCAUCCAGCAAGACAGAGAGUUGUCAAACUUUACACAAUGGAAGAAAACUCCUGACCUUCAGAGGAAAUAUCAGCAAACCUCAAUGCCAAACUAUUGCAUUUCAGCCUCUAGCUACAACCCUUGUCCACACAACUGGAUUCAAAAUGGAGAAAGUUGUUACUUUGUUUUUGAAAGCUGGAAAAUUUGGCACUCUGCUAAAGAGGAUUGUUUGAAGAAACGCUCCAAUCUUCUACAAAUAGAUAGCAAAGAAGAAAUGAAUUUUAUCAGCAGCAGCUUACAGAAAGUCAAACCCAGCUCUGAUUACUGGGUGGGACUAUCUCAGGACCAAGCUACCGGAUGGUGGUUUUGGCAUGAUGACUCCUCUCCUCUUCCUGAACUGUUGCCAAAAAAGAAAGCUGAAUCGAUGAGCCCCCAAACCAUUAGCCAGCUCUGCGGAUACCUCACCCAUAAUUCCCUUUACGCUACUAGCUGCACCAGUUGGAAAUAUUUCAUUUGUGAGAAAAAAGCACUAAGAUCCUCGGUUUGAAGUCAGUUGUUCAAAGUAACAUCUCAUUCUUGUUGGUAUUUGGCUCAAGCCCUUGGAAAACCUGACACAAAAAGAAAAAGAAAAACAACCUAACAGCAAAUACAGAGAUACACUGAUAUUUGUGGAGCUAUGAAACCAACUUUUGGGGACUCAUAACAUGCUUUUGUAUCUAUACUUGGUAAUAUUUGUCAAUAUUUUCCCCCCUUUCAGUUACUAUUAUUCAAAUUGCCAAGAAUGACAUUGAUUUUAGAGUUACAAAAAAACAAAUUCUGAUACACUGAGAAUAAUGUAAAGAAAG